GGGGCAGCGGCGCGGGCGGUUGGGCGGCCUGGGAGCGCCCUGGAGGGCUCGGCGGGCGGGUUACCUGGGGAAGGCCGGGCCGGGCGCGGGCGCACGGGGUGGGCGUGGCGGGAGAGGGGCCUGGAGCGCGGCGCGGGGCGUGGGAGCCACCGGGAGUACUGGGUCCGGGAGGGGGAAGGGAGGGCGGCGAGCCCGAACGCGCGGCGAGAAGGCUGAGGGGAGGGAGCAGAGCGAGGAGCGGGAGGAGGAAGGGAGGGAGCCGAGGCGAGGGGGAGGCGGCGCCUGGGCCCGAGCCGCCCCAGUCCUGGCUCCUCUCCCCGGAACAGGCCCCCGACAGCUGCUCGCGGGAGCCGCCUCCCGACACCCGAGCCCCGCCGGCGCCUCCCGCUCCCGGCUCCUGGCUCCCUCCGCCUCCCCCGCCCCUCGCCCUGCCGCCGAAGAGGCCCUGCUCCCGGGUCGGACGCCUGGGUCUGCCGGGAGGAGCGAUGAAAGAGAUGCUGCCCCCACCCCCUUAGGCCCGAGGGAUCAGGAGCUAUGGGGCCAGGGGCCCUCUCAUCUUUACUGCUGCUGCUCUUGGUGGCAAGUGGAGAUGCUGACAUGAAGGGACAUUUUGAUCCUGCCAAGUGCCGCUAUGCCCUGGGCAUGCAGGACCGGACCAUCCCGGACAGUGACAUCUCUGCUUCCAGCUCCUGGUCAGACUCCACUGCCGCCCGCCACAGCAGGUUGGAGAGCAGUGACGGGGAUGGGGCCUGGUGCCCCGCAGGGUCGGUGUUUCCCAAGGAGGAGGAGUACUUGCAGGUGGAUCUACAACGGCUGCACCUGGUGGCUCUGGUGGGCACCCAGGGACGGCAUGCUGGGGGCCUGGGCAAGGAGUUCUCCCGGAGCUACCGGCUGCGUUACUCCCGGGAUGGUCGCCGCUGGAUGGACUGGAAGGACCGCUGGGGUCAGGAGGUGAUCUCAGGCAAUGAGGACCCUGAGGGAGUAGUGCUGAAGGACCUUGGGCCCCCCAUGGUUGCCCGACUGGUUCGCUUCUACCCCCGGGCUGACCGGGUCAUGAGCGUCUGUCUGCGGGUGGAGCUCUAUGGCUGCCUCUGGAGGGAGGGACUCCUGUCUUACACCGCCCCUGUGGGGCAGACAAUGUACUUAUCUGAGGCUGUGUACCUCAACGACUCCACCUAUGAUGGACAUACCAUGGGCGGAUUGCAGUAUGGGGGUCUGGGCCAGCUGGCAGAUGGCGUGGUGGGGCUGGAUGACUUUAGGAAGAGUCAGGAGCUACGGGUCUGGCCAGGCUAUGACUAUGUGGGAUGGAGCAACCACAGCUUCUCCAGUGGCUACGUGGAGAUGGAGUUUGAGUUUGACCGGCUGAGGGCCUUCCAGGCCAUGCAGGUCCACUGUAACAACAUGCACACGCUGGGAGCCCGUCUGCCUGGCGGGGUGGAAUGUCGCUUCCGGCGUGGCCCUGCCAUGGCCUGGGAGGGGGAGCCUAUGCGCCACAACCUGGGGGGCAACCUGGGGGACCCCAGAGCCCGGGCUGUCUCAGUGCCCCUUGGUGGCCGUGUGGCUCGCUUUCUGCAAUGCCGCUUCCUCUUUGCGGGGCCCUGGUUACUCUUCAGCGAAAUCUCUUUCAUCUCUGAUGUGGUGAACAAUUCCUCUCCUGCACUGGGAGGCACCUUCCCACCAGCCCCCUGGUGGCCACCUGGCCCACCUCCCACCAACUUCAGCAGCUUGGAGCUGGAGCCCAGGGGCCAGCAGCCCGUGGCCAAGGCCGAGGGGAGCCCGACCGCAAUCCUCAUCGGCUGCCUGGUGGCCAUCAUCCUGCUCCUGCUGCUCAUCAUUGCCCUCAUGCUCUGGCGGCUGCACUGGCGCAGGCUCCUCAGCAAGGCUGAACGGAGGGUGUUGGAAGAGGAGCUGACGGUUCACCUCUCUGUUCCUGGGGACACUAUCCUCAUCAACAACCGCCCAGGUCCUAGAGAGCCACCCCCAUAUCAGGAGCCCCGGCCUCGUGGGAAUCCGCCCCACUCCGCUCCCUGUGUCCCCAAUGGCUCUGCGUUGCUGCUCUCCAAUCCAGCCUACCGCCUCCUUCUGGCCACUUACGCCCGUCCCCCUCGAGGCCCGGGCCCCCCCACACCCACCUGGGCCAAACCCACCAACACCCAGGCCUACAGUGGGGACUAUAUGGAGCCUGAGAAGCCAGGCGCCCCGCUUCUGCCCCCACCUCCCCAGAACAGCGUCCCCCAUUAUGCCGAGGCUGACAUUGUUACCCUGCAGGGCGUCACCGGGGGCAACACCUAUGCUGUGCCUGCACUGCCCCCAGGGGCAGUCGGGGAUGGGCCCCCCAGAGUGGAUUUCCCUCGAUCGAGGCUCCGCUUCAAAGAGAAGCUUGGCGAGGGCCAGUUUGGGGAGGUGCACCUGUGUGAGGUCGACAGCCCUCAAGAUCUGGUCAGUCUUGACUGCCCCCUUAAUAUGCGUAAGGGACACCCCUUGCUGGUAGCUGUCAAGAUCUUACGGCCAGAUGCCACCAAGAAUGCCAGGAAUGAUUUCCUGAAAGAGGUGAAGAUCAUGUCGAGGCUCAAGGACCCAAACAUCAUCCGGCUGCUGGGCGUGUGUGUGCAGGACGACCCCCUCUGCAUGAUUACUGACUACAUGGAGAACGGCGACCUCAACCAGUUCCUCAGCGCCCACCAGCUGGAGGACAAGGCAGCUGAGGGGGCCCCUGGGGAUGGGCAGGCUGCACAGGGGCCCACCAUCAGCUACCCAAUGCUGUUGCAUGUGGCAGCCCAGAUCGCCUCCGGCAUGCGCUAUCUGGCCACACUCAACUUUGUACAUCGCGACCUGGCCACGCGGAACUGCCUAGUUGGGGAAAAUUUCACCAUCAAAAUCGCAGACUUUGGCAUGAGCCGGAACCUCUAUGCUGGGGACUAUUACCGUGUGCAGGGCCGGGCAGUGCUGCCCAUCCGCUGGAUGGCCUGGGAAUGCAUCCUCAUGGGGAAGUUCACGACUGCGAGUGAUGUGUGGGCCUUUGGCGUGACCCUGUGGGAGGUGCUGAUGCUCUGCAGGGCCCAGCCCUUUGGGCAGCUCACCGACGAGCAGGUCAUCGAGAAUGCGGGGGAGUUCUUCCGGGACCAGGGCCGGCAGGUGUACCUGUCCCGGCCGCCUGCCUGCCCGCAGGGCCUAUAUGAGCUGAUGCUUCGGUGCUGGAGCCGGGAGUCUGAGCAGCGACCACCCUUUUCCCAGCUGCAUCGGUUCCUGGCAGAGGAUGCACUCAACACGGUGUGAAGCACACAUCCAGUUGCCCCUCCCUCAGGGAGUGAUCCAGGGGAAGCCAGUGACACUAAAACAAGAGGACCCAAUGGCACCUCUGCCCUUCCCCUCCCGACAGCCCAUCACCUCUAAUAGAGGCAGUGAGACUGCAGGUGGGCUGGGCCCACCUAGGGAGCUGAUGCCCCUUCUCCCCUUCCUGGACACGCUCUCAUGUCCCCUUGCGGUUCUUCCUUCCCAGAAGCCCCUGUCACCCACCCAGCUGGCCCUGUGGAUGGGAUUGUCUCCAACCUCCUCUAGCCAUCCCUUGGGGAAGGGUAGGGGGAAAUAUAGGAUAGACACUGGACAUGGCCCAUUGGAGCACCUGGGCCCCACUGGACAACACUGAUUCCUGGAGAGGUGGCUGCGCCCCCAGCUUCUCUCUCCCUGUCACACACUGGACCCCACUGGCUGAGAAUCUGGGGGGUGAAGAGGACAAGAAGGAGAGGAAAAUGUUCCCUUAUGCCUGCUCCGGGAUUUGUUCUCAGCUUGGGCUUCUUCCACCUCCAUCACCUGAAACACUGGACCUGGGGGUAGCCCCACCCCAGCCCUCAGUCACCCCCACUUCCCACCUGCAGUCUUGUAGCUAGAACUUCUCUAAGCCUGUAUGUUUCUGUGGAGUAAAUAUUGGGAUUAGUGGGAAAGAGGGAGCAACGGCCCAUAGCCUUGGGGUUGGACAUCUCUAGCGUAGCUGCCACAUUGAUUUUUCUAUAAUCACUUGGGGUUUGUACAUUUUUGGGGGGAGAGACACAGAUUUUUACACUAAUAUAUGGACCUAGCUUGAGGCAAUUUUAAUCCCCUGCACUAGGCAGGUAAUAAUAAAGGUUGAGUUUUCCACAA